AAUGACUGGCAGUCAAAUAUUGCUAAGAGACCAGGCGGUGGAACUGAGGAUUGGCUUAGAGAUACAGAAGAGAGAAAGAGAGAGUGGAACUUAGCCUGAGACAACUUGUCACUUGACUGACAGAUGUACAGGCUGGUGAAGAGCUGUCCUGUCUAAAGUGAUGGAUUCCGAUGGAUAUGAUCAAUUCACUGGGCCUGAGCAACACAAUAACCAAUUGGGGCAAAAAAUAGUCUUCUACCGAGGCAAGCGGUUGACUUUGACCUACUUACUGUAUGGGAUUGUGUUGCUUCUCCUACUGAUAUUGGUGCUUAUUACUGGACUCAAGUUUGCUAAGCUACACCAAGAGGUUUCUGAUAUCAAGCUUCUGCUCAUGUCAAUGAAUUUGUCAUUGGUGGAACCACUCAGCAAACUCGCCAAGGCAGAGGCUCAAAUCUCAGACCUAUUCCCCAAUCACCACGAACAUAUGGUUCCACAGCAAGGGCCCUGUGAUGAAGACUGGUUGUUCUUCCAGGGUAGCUGUUAUCUGCUGUCCUCUGACAGGGAUGACUGGCACGGUGCAGAGGCAAAAUGUGAAGAGCACAGGGCACAUUUGUUGGUCAUCAACAAUGCAGAUGAGCAGGACUUCAUUGGCGAUGUUGUGCAGCAGACAAGCUAUUGGAUUGGACUGGUGGAGAGAGGAGAGGAGGGUCACUGGAGCUGGGUGGAUGGAACUGACUUUUUAACAACUCCACAUUUCUGGGAUGUAGGGCAGCCGGAUGACUGGGAAGUGCCUCUGAAUGGGGAGGACUGUGGCCAGCUCCAGAUGAGCAUGUAUGAUCAGCCUCGGUGGAAUGACGCGGACUGCUCCCAGCGCUAUCGCUACGCGUGUGAGCAGAAGGGAAAGUGAUACAAGUUACUUCGCGCUCAUCAGUUGAAGGCGUGUGAGUGCUGAACCAGAAACUAACAUUUUGUCAGUCGACCUGCUUACCAGUGUCCCUUUACUUUGUAAAUAAAAGGUCAAUUCCUAAUAAUGUGCCUUUUAAGUCAAUAUUUUAAUCAGCAGGAUUACUCAAAAAUAGCUUAUUUGAAGAAGACUGCCCACCAGAAUUUGAACAAAUAAAACAAAACAAUGAG